AUACAGGCUCCAAGGCAUUGGCAUCGAGCAACCAACCUGCUCGUCAACGGAGCGCCGCCCAGCAAAUGCCAAUCACUCACUUUUACCAUGGUCCAUGGCCGGCCGGUCAUCUCACAUAACAAAGCUGCCGCCUCCCAAUCAUUCUGCUGCUGCCUACCGCACCUGCUCUACUAGGCUGCUGCAAAUGAUCGCAAAGUUGGAGGAACAUACAGGAGUAGCAUCAACUACUCCUCAAUGGAACAAAAAAAAAAGGGGGUCCCUGUACUAGCUGAAGACAACGGGGUUGUGUCGCCUGCUACCGGAAUCGGCGGCCGGUUUGGCCACUUGUUCGUAGCAGUUGCCGGAGUGAGAAGCUAGUUUGAUCAACGCGUCCGCCUCUGUAUCUGGUGAGGCCAAGCACCAGCUCUAGUGCUCCUUGUUCCUCAGACAGUGAGCGUGAGGAGCUCUGGUGAAACUAAACCGGGCUGCGUGCAUUGAAACUAAUCGUCCAGGGCCAUUGACACCCAUGGCCUUCUAAAAAAAGCAAGCUCAAUUCCCUCCUCUGCCCGGCUUGGCCACCUCCUCCCCUCCUCUCCAACCACCACCACUCGAUUCCUCGCCGUCGGGAUGGCGGCUUCCUGCCGCCGCCGUCCUCACACGCCGCCGCGGAGCUAGCCGUCGAGGAAGACGAGGCGCGCUGGGGGGCGUCGAUGGCCAGGGCGUCCUUGUUGCCGUCGGUGAUUGUGCACGUCGUCGUCGUCGUCGCUGCGCUCUUCUUGCGUCCCUGCGCUGCCCAGAGCCGCGCCGCGAACAUCUCGGCCGUCGAGGCCGCCGUCCGGGACCACGCGUUCCAGCUGCUCCGCGGCGCGGGACAGCUCGUGGACGUGCCCCUCCCGGCGAACCUCUCCGGCGCGGGCGUCCAGGCCUCGGCGCUGCGCGUGCGCAGCAACGCGCUCUGGGCCGACGGCGUCAGCACCGCCGCCGGUUCGUCCGGGGUCGUGUUCGCCAUCCCGCCGCGCGUCGUCCCGGCCCCGUUCGCGCGCCGCGUCGCCAUCGUCUUCGAGCGCUUCGCCGGCGACGGCGGCGCGACGCUCUUCGCCGCGCCGCGCGGGUACGCGCUGGCCGCGCCCGUGGUCGGCCUCCUCGCGUUCGACGCGUCGGCGGGUCACGACGCCCGGGUCUCGCUCCGGGCGCUCGGCGCGCCGGUGCGCGUCGAGUUCAAGAACCUGUCUACAGCGGCGGCGGGGACGGAGUUCAACGCCAGCACCGCGCGGUGCGUGACGUUUGCAGCCAGCGGGGAGGUCGCUGCCACGCACGCCGUGGCGUCGGGCCCAGCGUGCGCGGUGACCGGCACGGGCCACUUCGGCGUAGCGGUGCGGGUGCCUGAGACGCCGCCGGCAGCCUCGGCCUCGAUGGUGAGGGCGAGGUGGUGGGCGUGGACGGUGGGCGUCGGCGCCGGCGGCGUGCUGGGAGCCAGCGUCUUGGGGCUCGCCGUGGCCGGCGCGGUGUGCUGGAGCGGGAAACGCCGGAGGGAGGAGAUGGAGCGGCGAGCAAUGGCCGGGGAGGAGCUGGGGAGGAUGACGGUGCGCGGGAGCACGAUGCCGUCCGCGAAGGUGAUGAGGACGCGGCCGGAGACGGUGGAGAGCCCGUCGUGGCGGUAGGCGCACCUGAGCUCUUCUCCGAGUUGCACCGGCCGGCGCCAGCUCGUGAUCGACUGAUCGUGGGAGAUCUUGUGACGUUCUUCUUCGUGUUUAGGUGUGUUUUUCAGCAGCAUUACAGCGUGAGAUACUUGUAUAGCACAAUGUACUUCAUCCCAACUUCCUUUCCGAUUGAAAUGGCAAUUUUGCAGUAAGAGAUUCUUUAGUACA